AUGCAGAGUGCCAAGGUCAAUAAAAAGAGGAAGCAUGAGACAUCUAUUGAAAAAGCGUUCAAGCUGUGGAGUGAUGUCACCCCCCUGACUUUCACCCGAAUUUAUGAUCAAACCUCUGAUAUCGAGAUUUCAUUUGAAGCACAAGGCCACGGUGACUUCUUCUCAUUUGAUGGUCCAGGAGGUACAUUGGCACACGCUUAUGCCCCGGGAGAUAGAAUAAGUGGUGAUGCCCACUUUGAUGAAGAUGAAACAUGGAAAACUACAUCUCCUGGUUAUAACUUGUUCCUUGUCGCUGCCCAUGAAUUUGGCCAUUCCCUUGGACUUGAUCACAGUGCAGAUUCAGAUGCCUUGAUGUUCCCAAUCUACAAAUAUGUUGAGCCCGGUCAAUUUCAUCUUCAUGCAGAUGACAUUAAUGGAAUUGUCUCCCUGUACGGUAAGAUUUCUGGACAAUGGAAAAGCAGGAAAUACUGGAUUAUAAAUGAUGGUGAUCUUGCAAAGGAUUUGCCUAAGGACAUUUCCCAGCUGGGCUUUCCUGACAGUAUAAAGAAAAUUGAUGCUGCCGUCCACAAUAAACGUACAGGAAAAACCUACUUCUUUAAAGGGGAUAAAUACUGGAGUUAUGAUGAAGAAAAGCAGAAAAUGGAUGCUGGAUUUCCAAAACUAAUGUCUACAGGUUUCCCUGGUAUUGGAAAGAGAAUUCUAUCUGCUUUUGAAAAGAAUGGAGACAUUUAUUUCUUGGAUGGCCAUCGUAUGUACCAAUUCAGUACUGCAAAGAACAGAGUCAUACAGGUGUUCAAAAGAAACAGAUGGUUCAAAUGCCUGAAGAAAGAGAACAAAUAA